AUGGCAAUGACGGCCGUCGAACUCCCUCCGACCAUGCGGGCUCUUAAGUAUUCCAAGCCACUGGAAUAUGCCAUCGUCGAGCUCCCCCUGCCCGAAUUGCGCGAUAAUGAUGUUCUUAUCAAGGUCAAGGCUUGCGGUGUCUGUGGUACUGACCUUCACAUCCAUGAAGGUGAAUUCAUCGCCAAGUUCCCUCUCGUCCCCGGGCAUGAAACUGUCGGUGUAGUUGCUGCUGUGGGCCCCAAGGUUGAAGGAUUCCAGGUUGGUGAGCGUGUGGUCGCCGAUAACUCUGAGCUCUGCGGCGUCUGCUUCUACUGCCGUCGCGGCGAUGAGCUGUUCUGUGAGGACUUCCAGGCCCAUGGUGUCACCAUGAACGGAGGUUUUGCUGAGUACUGCGCCUACCCUGCUGGCCGUGUCUUCAAGAUAAAAAAGCUUUCUGACAUCGAUGCGACUCUCCUUGAGCCUGCUUCUUGCGCUGCUCAUGGUCUUGACAAGAUUGCCCCUAAGAUGGGCUCUUCCGUUCUUAUAUUCGGUGCCGGCCCCACUGGCCUUAUUUUGGCCCAGAUGCUUCGUCAGUGUGGAGGUUGCCGUGUCGUCAUUGCUGCUCCAGGUGGAUUGAAGAUGGAAAUGGCUAAGAACCUCGGUGCUGGAGAUGAAUACGUUGAGCUUUCCCGCACAGACGCUUCUGCCCAGUAUGCCAAGCUGAAGAACGAAAAUCCGUACGGGUUUGACAUCGUCGUUGAAGCUACCGGCAGCGUCAAGAUUCUUGAGGACUCGAUCCACUAUGUUCGUCGCGGCGGAAAGCUGGUCGUGUAUGGCGUGUACUCGGGCAAGGACCGUGUCUCCUGGCCCCCGUCCAAGAUCUUUGGUGACGAGAUCACUGUUAUAGGCUCCUUUUCUGAGACCUACAAGUUCCCCGCAGCUGUUGAUUACCUCGACUCCGGCAAGGUCAAGGUCGACGGCAUCGUCAACAAGACCUUCAAAAUUGAGCAGUGGGCCGAAUGCCUUGAGUCGAUGCGUAACAAGACCGCCAUCAAGGCUGCCAUCACCUUCGACUAA